AUGCUGGUGAACAGAACUCUGGGGAAGAUCGCCGCGGCCGCUGCGAGGCGGACCGAAAAAGGGUCCUUGCAGCCGACCGCUACUAUGCGAAGGAUCGAAAGGGGACCGAACGUAUGCUCGAAACUGUAUCGCGCUUUCAUAGCCCCCUGGUUCUUUCGCAUGUUCUCGGGACCUUUGGAACGCUGGCAACAUGCCUCCCUUACGAGGUACCUGAGGGAGCACGGUCUGCUCUACGAUGACCUCAUGAGCGAAAGGGAGCCCAUCGUCGAGCGUGCGCUCGAGCUGCUCCCGGAAGACUUGGCCACCGCAAGAUUUAGACGAAUCGCAAGAGGGAUGCAUAUAUCGACGCUCAGAAUGUACCCACCGUUGGAGGAGCAGAAUUACGACCCCUUCAUUCCCUACCUCGCCCCUUAUAUCGAGGAGGCCAAAUUCCAGAUACAGGAGGAGGAGGAACUGCUAGGAUACCACCCGCAGGACAGGCGUAUUUUCUGCGGUGGUACCACGGGAUUCGGCGACAUGGAGCCCGGCAUGCACUUCCUGACGUCCCUGCCGAACCUCUACGGAGCCGGUAUGGGUAACAUGAAGAAGAAGUAA